UUGAUGGCAAAAGUUGUAAUUUCUAUGUGACUAGAUUUGCAAAGGGAGAGCAUGCUAACAUAAAUAGAUCAUAAACAGAGAGAGACCCAAAAGACAAAGCCACAAAGGAGAAACAGAGAGAAGAAGAUGGCUCGGGAAGAAGGGCAAGUGAUCGCAUGUCACACCGUGGAAGCAUGGAACGAGCAACUCCAAAAGGGCAAUGACUCCAAAACUCUUGUGGUGGUUGAUUUCACGGCUUCUUGGUGUGGACCAUGUCGUUUCAUAGCUCCAUUCUUUGCUGAUUUGGCUAAGAAACUCCCUAAUGUGAUUUUCCUGAAGGUUGAUAUUGACGAAUUGAAGUCAGUGGCGAGUGACUGGGCCAUUGAGUCGAUGCCGACCUUCAUGUUCAUGAAAGAAGGAAAGAUUGUAGACAAAGUUGUUGGGGCCAGGAAAGAUGAGCUUCAGUCUACUAUUGCCAAACACUUGGCUUAACUACACCCUUUUAGCUUUGACAUGUCUUCUGUCUUAAGACUAUUAAGUCAUUGGUUAAUUCCUUUCUAUUUACUCUUGAGAUGUUAUGACUUUGUUCCCGCCUUUGUUAUGAAUGCCUUUGCUAUGAAUAUUAUGAUGAUUCCUGUUUAAUCUUAUCUGAUAAGAUCUGUUAGAAUUUGAUGAAUUAUUAUUUUGCUUUGUUUA